AUGGGUAGAGAAAAUAUUUUACAAUAUUUACAAGAUAAACCAGAUAUAAAUUCAAAUGAUAUUGAAAAAGAUUUAUUAUUAAAAUCAGAAUCAACAACACCAACAGAAGAAGAAGAUAUAAAACCAAAUUUAAAAAGAAAUAUUAUACAACAUUCAAAUUUUCCUUUUACAUUAUCAUCAGAAUCAACUAUACAGGAUUAUUUAAAUAAUAAUAAAUUUUAUAUUGAUUCAAUAAAACAUAAUCAUAAUGAUCAAAUAUUUGAUUUAAAUAGUAAAGGUCAACUGCCUCAUACUUUAUGGAUUGGUUGUAGUGAUUCAAGAGCUGGUGAACAAUGUUUAGCAACAUUACCUGGUGAAAUAUUUGUUCAUAGAAAUAUUGCAAAUAUAAUAAAUUCAAAUGAUAUAAGUUCUCAAGGGGUUAUACAAUUUGCAAUUGAUGUUUUAAAAGUUAAAAAAAUUAUUGUUUGUGGUCAUACUGAUUGUGGUGGAAUAUGGGCUUCUCUCAGUUCAAAAAAAAUUGGUGGAGUAUUAGAUUUAUGGUUAAAUCCAAUAAGACAUAUUAGAGCUCAAAAUUUAAAAAUUUUAAAUCAAUAUAAUAAUGAACCAAAAUUAAAAGCUAAAAAAUUAGCUGAAUUAAAUGUUAUAAAUUCUGUUAUUGCUUUAAAAAGACAUCCAAGUGCAAGUUCUGCUUUAAAAGAUAAUAAAAUUGAAGUUUGGGGGAUGAUUUAUGAUGUUUCAACUGGUUAUUUAACAGAAAUUGAAAUUCCAAAAGAUGAAUUUCAUGAUUUAUUUCAUAUACUGGAUGAAGAUGAUGAAGGAUCUCAUAAUCCUCAUUAA